CAUAGACGUUAAACAGUGCAGCAUAUCGUUCAGUGAGAGAAGUGUAGUGGAUGGAUCUGAAAUUUUGACAGAUUCUUUGAGAAAGGGGGUAAAUAUAGAAUGAGAUAAAACUCAUACGUUAACUAAAGUUGAUGUUGGGAUUAGUAUAACCGUUGGAAAACCAAGAGCUAGGGGAAACAGACCCAGGACGCAGUGGCGGAUUAAGGGUUUUCGUAGGAGGGCAUGGGCAAGUCAAGUAUUCGCUAAAGUACUCAGCCAUUUGGGGUGCCAGAUCUGGAGUUUAAUUUAAAUCUGGCAUUGGGACUAGUGAGGACGCUAGUACCUUUCUAAAACAUGGAACUGCUAACGGCAAGGGACAGGGCCCAGUUAUCACAAUGGAUUGGUGAAGCCUGUCAUUUCGAAUUGCAGUACAAAACCAGUCGUGAUGGAUGUUCAGCAUCGACAUUUCACCAACUAUGUGAUGGCAUAGGUCCAACAGUAACGAUUCUAUAUAAUACCGAUAACAGUGUUUAUGGAGGGUUCCUUUUGAAAGAUUGGAAAAACUCCGAGGGCUGUAUUAAAGAUAAUCAUGCUUUCCUGUUUACAUUGCAUUUUAAUGGUGUUUCAAAACCAAGGAAAUUCUCGGUAACCAAUGCAAACGAGGCAGCGUACGCACAUCAAAGGCUUGGUCCAGCAUUUGGAAAUGUUGAUAUGUCAUUAUUGAAUCCCUAUACGAAAAUGAAGAGUCGAGUAAAAUGGGCAGCCCACAUAGAACCUGAUUUGUUGACUUUCUACGACACAGUGAAUGUGAUGGUGGAACGUGGUACAAAAACACAAUAUUUCUCUCUGAAUGGACAGGCAGGCUUUGGGGGUGCCUACCAAAAACCAAAUGAAAAUAUGAAUUUUAUAAAUAAUGGCCAUAUGAGCGUAUUUGAUUUGGAAGUGUACACAGUCAAAGUAACAAAACUCUCCACGAGUUCGUCACCUGAACAACUGUCAUCCAAGACUUGGAGAGAAUCGCCGCUUUGGAAUGCACAGGGUUAUCGAACUUUAAAGGAGUUCGUAUCGAAUUACAAGCCACUGGAGGACAUGAAUUCACCAGAAGUAAAUAUUUUACUAGUAGGCCAAAUAGGAGCAGGGAAAUCUAGUAUCUUCAACACAAUUAGCUCAGUCUUUCGUGGUGAAUUAACUGCACGCGCUUGUGCAGGAAAUUCCUUACAUAGCCUCACAACAACUCUACGUAAAUACAGAAUCCGAAAUCCUGAGAAAGGCGGGUACUUAAACUUCCGGUUGUGUGACACUCCUGGGUUAGAGGAAGACAUGUCUAUUAAACAUCAGGAUAUGGUGCUUCUCCUUGACGGGUUCUUGUCAGAUCAGUACAAGUUUAAUCCGAUUGCACAUGCGUCACAGCGGGAUCAAGGAUACAAUAAUACACCGACCUUCAAAGACAAGAUUCAUUGUGUGGCGUUCGUUAUAGAUGGGAGUUCUGUUGAUGUUUUGCAAGGAACAAUCCGUCAACAAUUACUGCAAUUUCGAUCUUUAAUGGUGGAAAGAGGGAUACCACAGAUUGUGUACCUGACGAAACUGGAUAAAGUCUGUUCUCUUGUGGAUAAAGAUGUUCGACUGGUUUUUCAUAGCGACGCCUGCAGAAAAGCUCUGGACACAACUGCUGACGUCAUUGGUAUUCCUCGGGGUCACAUCUUUCCAGUGAAAAAUUAUGAAAAGGAGACUCAGUUGAAUACAGGAGUGGAUAUUCUCGCUUUGACUGCUCUCAGGCAGACUCUCUUGUAUGCAGACGAUUUUCUGGAGGACCAGUUUGAAAUCUCGUGUAGCCUUUGAAUGAGAUCUGCAGCAACCUCUGUUAUUUCACAUAACUGUAUCUUAAGUUUCCUUCAUAUUUAAUUUUAUGUGCGGCGGGUGUGACUGGUCAACAGGGGAUGAUUACUUUUACUAAGUAUCAAGGUGUGAAUUGUUAUGCUGUUCUUAAUUGUCCAUUCUUUAAAGGAUUUUUUAGAUUGAUCGUUGUUUGUUAUCUUCACCCUUUUAUUGAAUUUACUACUUUCUAAUGGAGACUCUAUGACUUCUUGAAAAAUAAUCAUAUUCUUAUUUUUCAUUGCUGAUUUAGGAAUGAGUUUGGUGUGAUAUUUAUUCUUAUAACUUUAAAUUCAACAAUUAUAUUACAUGGAUGUUUUGGAAAAAGUACAAAGCACAACUACAUGAAUUACAUAAUAUGAACUUUUGGGGUAUUUGUAGGUAGAAUCAGAAUGGUGUAUAACAAAGUGAUUAAUUUUGAAUGAUUGAUCACUAAAUAGGAUUAUUUCCUUUUUCCCAUUUAUGGUGAAAACAAAAGACCAACUGUCUACGAUGCCAAAGAGGCUAGUCUCUUAAUUUAUCGUGAGGAAUGGUCGUGCAAAGUGUCGAAACGUCAUACGUCCAAGAAUAAGAGCUAUGCAUGAGGGAGAUAGCAUCCUUAAUUUUGAAAUGAAUUUCUAAAUUUUAUCCCAGGAAUUAAAUAUACUUCCGUAUUUUCAAGCUAGUAACGAAGUACUGAUCCUUGGACGAAUUUGGCUCUAGUUUUUUGUUUUGUUUUUGGCAUUCUAGUUUUCCUUUUAGCUCCUACAAGUUUAUUGUUAUUUCAAAUUUCCAAAAUUUCGGCUUGAGCAUCACUGAAGAGACAUUAUCUAUCGAAAUGCGCAUCUGGUGCAUCAAAAUUGGUACCGUAUACGUUUUACAUUAUGAGCCCUGGGUCGAGGCCUCUGCUGGUGGACUGUUAGUCCCCGGGGUUCUCUACAGCCCAGUAGCUAAGUACUUCGUUACUAGCUUGAAAAUACGGAUGUAUAUUUAAUUGCUGUUAUAAAAUUUAGAAAUUCAUUUCAAAAUUAAGGAUUAUCUCCCUCACGCAUAGCUCUUAUCCUUGGACGAAUUUGGCUCCACUUUUUUGGCACGCUGUGUUUGGCUAUAUUUAGCUCUAAAACUUCAUAGUUAUUUCGGAUUUCAAACAUUUCGGUUGAGCAUCACUGAAGAGACAUUAUUUGUCGAAAUGCGCAUCUGGUGCAUCAAAAUUAGUACUAUAUAAGUUUUACAUGUACUAAUGCUCAUCUUUACAAAUUUUAACCCACCAAACAACUUUGUUGACAACUAUUUAAGAUGUAUCUAUAUUGUCAUCUUUUUAAUAUCAAGAUGUUAAAAUCAUUCUAGAAAUGGAAGUAAUACAUGUCAAUAUCAGUAACAACAUGCAAAUUCAUCUAAAACUUUAUCUAUUAACAAAUAUAAUCUCAUGUACAUAAUUGUAUACAUAACAAUGCAUUUAUCUAAUUUAAACAUAUAUUGUAAAAAAAUUUGUUUUGAUGAAUAUCAGAUAUUUUUUUAUUUUAAUGUCAAAUGUCCAUAUGAAAUAAAUGAAUAAAUAAAUA